UACGGUUCCAUUUGACAUGGUUACUCAACGGAUUCUACUUUCGUUAGAUUUCUGCGAUGAUAGCAUUGAUGAAAGAAGUAGUAAAAAAUAAUUAUGCAGUUCUCUCUUGCAAACCUCUUCUUGCUUGGCUUACUUUCUCACCUGCGCACGUUAGAUCAAGGGCCAGCGUACGUGCUUGCCGUAAGCCGCAAACCGGCAAAAGGUCCGCUUGAAAAAUUCCCGCAAAACCUGCAAGGGAGACCUUGGCUUCUGAGGCAUCCAGCUCUUCCUCCAAUACGUGAAGAGAUAAAUGCUCCACUUUACAAACUUCCGGGAGGACUGCCUAGAAGGCCUAGGCUGCUCAGACGUCCACGUCUUCCUCCAAUACCGGAAGAGGGAGAGGCUCCAAGAAUGUUGAAUAACAGGACUAUUGAACUAAGAAAUCGACUUCUUGCUGGAGGCGGAGUUCGGCCUAUAACUGGAUUCGCCCAUCAUAGGCAGCCCCCGCCUCCUCAAGUAGGCUAUGCUCUACCGCACCAUCCCGCCCAUCACGGUGCUGGAAAUUUGCUUCAUGGUGGAAUCCAUCGUGCAUUCCGGAGACCGGGGUAAUUGUGUUGGCCAGAUUAUGAAUGUGCACCACUGAAGAGCUGACCAGGACUCGGAACUCUGCUGUACGGGACCACCAGCGCACACAGUAGUUUGGCAUGUGGAGCAACUUGAUGUCAUGCGGUUUCAAUUUGAGUGCCGAUUAAAAUCCUAACAUGCUGA